AUUUUGUAAUCUGAAAUCCCUCGCUUUCUCUGCAAUUUCAUAUUCAUCUUCAACCAAGAAAAGAAUAGUUAAUAGAAAAUGGGAGAUACAAACAAAGGGGUUACGUAGAGGGAGAAGAAGGAGAGUGAAAUCUGUUUGAUCUCUGGAAGAGUAUUGGGAAACUAAAAUCCCAAGUCAGACAGCAAUAAUGAAAACUCUGAUUCUUCAAACAAAAAACAAUUUGUUUAAUGGAAGGCAGAGGGAGAGAGAGUGAUACGCAAUCCUGUUGUUAAAAAGAUGCAACAAAAGAUUUUCUUCCACUCAACUUCGAUUGCUUUUCUUUCUUCUUCUUCUUCUUCUUCUCUUCCCACAAAUUGCUUUCUUAUUUUCUUGUUUGUUUCCUGAGAAAGACAAAUAAAGUGGUCGGGGUGUUCUUAUUUGUUUUGUAGUCAAAAUGCAGAGCUUUCAUAACCCAGAUCACCUCUAUCCCCAUUCUUCUUCUUCUUCUUCCAUCCUUCUCCGGGGAGGAGACGACAGUGGUCACCAUACGCGGUUUCUUCCGGAUAUUGAGGAGCUUCAACAAUCCGCUGAUUUUCGUCCCCAUAAUUCUGUUGAUUUAAGCCCAAGCUCAGUUUUCAGUUUAAAAUUGAUCCACGACGCAGCUUUUCCAAUCCACCACCUACCCUACGCGAACACGGAUGUGGGUUCAUUAGAAACAGGGUAUUUAGACACAGGACAGCAAUUGAUGCGGUUGAAGAGGCUAGCUCCGCCGCAGACGGUGGCGGCUGCGUCAUCGUUGGGAAACGGAAGCUUUGAGAACUGGGGUGAGUCAGCUAUGGCUGAUAAUAGCCAGCAGACUGACACUUCUACAGACAUCGACAAUGAUGAAAGAAACCAGUUUCCGGGAGCUGCUCAUGGAGUUCUUGUGGCCGUGGAUUCCAUGGAUCAAUCUAAACCGAAAUCUGCUGACCAGAAGACUCUUCGUAGGCUUGCUCAGAAUCGAGAAGCAGCGAAGAAGAGUCGGCUGAGGAAGAAGGCAUAUGUCCAGCAGCUGGAAAACAGUCGACAGAGGCUUUCACAGCUAGAACAGGAUCUUCAUCGAGCACGCCAACAGGGCAUUUUUGUGGCUUCUGGGACAGCCAACCAUUGUUUAUCGAUGCCAGGAAAUGGUGCCUUGGCGUUUGAUCUCGACUAUGCACGGUGGCUCGACGAGCAUCAACGUCUGAUCAAUGAUUUGAGAGCAUCGGCAAAUUCUCAGUUGAGCGACGAUGAAUUGCGAUUUCUUGUCGAUGGGGUGAUGGCACAUUAUGAUGAACUCUUCAGGCUGAAAAGCGUUGGCGCCAAGGCUGACGUAUUUCACAUUCUUUCGGGCAUGUGGAAGACUCCAGCCGAGAGGUGUUUCAUGUGGCUAGGAGGAUUCCGUUCGUCCGAACUUCUGAAGAUAGUUGGGAACCAUUUGGAGCCUUUAACGGAUCAGCAGUUGAUGGGCAUAUGCAAUUUGCAGCAAUCUUCACAACAAGCUGAAGAUGCAUUGUCACAAGGGAUUGAAGCUUUGCAACAAUCUCUUGUAGAAACUCUUUCCUCUGCUUCUUUAGGACCUGCCUGUUCCGGUAAUGUUGCCGAUUACAUGGGCCAAAUGGCUAUAGCAAUGAGCAAACUAACAACGCUAGAGAACUUUCUCCAUCAGGCUGAUCUUCUAAGACAACAAACGCUACAACAGAUGCAUCGAAUACUAACUACUCGUCAAGCUGCACGAGCACUUCUCGUCAUCAGUGAUUACAUUUCACGUCUUCGAGCUCUCAGUUCUCUGUGGUUAGCACGACCAAGAGACUGAUAUCGACACUCGACCCCAUGGAAGUUGGAAGAGUGUUGUUAAGAAAUCCAUUUCUGUGUUUUUAUUGUGUUUUAUCCCAUAAAUUGAUGGAAAAUAUGAAGGUGUUGUUAGCUUGGAAGUUGAAACCUUUUUACACCCAAUUGGUUUGCACUUUGUUGUGUUGCCAAACAACUCAACUGUGUUUUCUCCUUCUCUUAUUCUAUAUAAUUUUCUGUAUGCUUAGUUAUGGUA